CAAAGAUUGAGCUGGCGGACAAGCAGCACGAAACCGCGGCAAUCUCUGCGCGAAAGUCAUUCAGAAAGUGCUGGCGGGAUCAACUACUACCGACUCUGUGCAGGCGAUAAUCCAAAAGUUUUACAUUUACCGCAGUACACCGGGGUGUACUCCGUAGAAGAAUGUGCGACCAAGUCCCGGAAGUCGAAGUCUUUCAGUCCAUCCCCUGGUGCCAAUCGUUUCUUCAGGAUCCGAAUUACGAGAUUGAAUCGACAUCAUCUCGUAUAUACAAGCACAAUACGCGAGAAGAUGCUCUGCUCGCCGAGACACUGAAAACAGACGACACCAUCAAAGGCUGGGUCUCUUUGUACCGCCGACCGACGGAAUCACAGCCCUUGAAGGACGAGGUACGCGCGUUGCUCAGCCUGAGUCCCGGCUUGAACGGCUACCCGCGAGUCUGUCACGGAGGCAUCGUCGCGACCAUCUUGGACGAGGUAUUGAGUAUUUUGGUGUCUGUGUGCCGGCGCGCGCAAGGUCGGCACGGAGACAAUGUAACGGCAUACUUGAACAUUACGUACGUCAAGCCCGUGCCGACGCCCGGCGUGCUGCUGGUCAAGGGCAAGAUCCACAAGAUAGAAAGGAGGAAGAAUUUUGCCAAUGCAGAGAUCGUCAACGAACAGGGAGUCGUGCUGGCAAAGGCCGAGGGAUUGUUUGUGAGCGUGCAGAGAGAGAAAUUAUAGAAAUCGAUGUCAGAACGGGUGGAAUGAUCACAGUGAUGUACCCAUUAGACUAGAGGAUACUAUGCAGC